AGGUUAAAAAUUGUAUAAUAUAUCUUGUUAUCUCAGGUGUUGAUAAAUAUAUAAUAUAUAAAUAAAUAAAAAUGUCGACUGGACCAAACUCAUCAAUACACUCUGAAAAAGAUUUAGAUUUAAGUAAUGUUGGACGAGGAGUGUGGUUAGUUAAAGUACCUAAGUACAUUGCUAAUAAAUGGGAAAAGGCACCGGGUACUAUUGAAGUUGGUAAACUUAAAAUAACAAAAGUACCUGGAGAGAAAGCUGAAGUAACACUAGGAUUAUCAGAAGCCGUGUUAGCUCUGAAGGACCCUGGUGAAGAAGACAUUCCCAAGCAGCACAAGUUAGAUGUUAGUCAAGUAAAACAUCAAACACUGGGUGUUUUUUCUCAUAUAUCACCUUGUACUAAUUCUGACGCGGUAGUACCAGAAGGAGACAAAUUAUGUAUGGAAGGUAAAAUUGUACAGAAACUAGAAUGUCGCCCUUACGCUGACAAUUGUUAUAUGAAAUUAAAGUUGUCGAGUAUUAAGAAAGCGGCUGUUCCUGUGAGAGCUAUACAGCAAAUAUCCAAAGUUGUACAAAACUUUAAGCCAGUUUCGGACCAUAAACAUAACAUUGAAUAUGCUGAAAAGAAGAAAGCUGAAGGUAAAAAAAUGCGUGAUGACAAAGACGCUGUACUGGACAUGUUGUUCGCAGCAUUUGAAAAGCAUCAGUAUUACAAUAUUAAAGAUUUAGUAAAAAUAACUCGCCAGCCUGUCGUAUACUUAAAAGAAAUUCUCAGCGAAGUCUGUAGUUACAAUAUUAAAAAUCCCCACCGUAAUAUGUGGGAAUUAAAACCCGAGUAUCGUCAUUAUAAAACUGAUGAAAAACCAGCUGAUGGUGUAAAGGAAGAAUCUGAGGAUUCUAAUUAACAAUCAGUAAGUUAAACAUUAAUCCUUGGAUAAUUAUCACUAUAGAAGCUGAAUUGACCGGUACAAAUUUAUAACUUUUACUGCCAGGAAUUUGAAUUUUUGUCACUGCGAAAUCUUUUAUCGGUGGCUGAAAAACUUCCGCAAAUUCAUCUAUUUUUUUUGGCUCAAAUUUAUUAUACGACUGACUUUCAUAUGACAACAUUUCAAUUAGUGUCGGCACGUCCUUGAAUUUUGGAGUAAGCCCAGCACGAACGACAUUGUCCGAACACGCCAUGCACUCUACGCAGUCUGUAUAUAAAUAAUAUCAAAAUAAAAUAACUAUUUUCAAUUAAA